UGAUUGGCGCGGUCACAUCACAGGCCUUGUUUGAUAACAUUAAGGAUCCAAAACACUGGGAGGAGAAGAGGUCGGCGGUUUUCAUUCAGUUAUUGGCGAGUUCUUUUCGUGAAACCAACUGAGGAUUAAAGUGUAUUCAUAAAGCUAAAAUAUCAAAGUGUUUGGACAGCAAAUCCCUCCAACUCUGCAUCCAGUGCUUCUCCACGGUUUGUGCUGUCAGUGUGAUGUCAGCAGCCUGUCUUAUGCGCCUGGCAAGGUGCAGUGGUCCUCAUGUAGGACACAGUGGUAUUUUACAGAAAGCCCUAGUCCCACUCCCAUUCCAGCAGAACAGCCACCUCCAGUUCACAAUCUUCCGGAGACAAAUUUAUAGCCCUUCAGGACAACGGCACAGCAACACACGCUUUGAUCCUGACAGUAGUGGUCGCCCCACUACUUGGGAUUCAUUUGGCAUCUGGGACAAUCGUAUCGAUGAGCCCAUCCUGCUGCCUCCCAGCAUUCGCUACGGCAAGCCCAUUCCCAAAGUCAGCUUAUCAAGGGUAGGCUGUGCCUCGCUCAUUGGUCAACGCAAGGAGAAUGAAGACCGCUUCCAGGUCUCCCAAAUGACUGACAACAUCCUCUACUUUGCGGUGUUUGAUGGGCAUGGCGGGCCAGAAGCAGCUGACUUUUGUGAAAAAUACAUGGAGAAAUUCAUCAAGGACCUUGUGGCAGAGGAGUCCAAUCUGGAAUUGGUUUUAACAAAGGCCUUCCUUGAAGUAGACAAAGCUCUUGUAAAGCACUUACACUUCUCUCCAAAUGUACCCGGGAUGAAUGCAGGAACCACCGCCACUGUGGCCCUGCUGAGGGAUGGCAUUGAGUUGGUGGUGGGCAGUGUGGGCGACAGCCGCGCCAUGCUGUGCCGCAAGGGCAAGGCCCUUAAACUCACUGUCGACCACACUCCUGAGAGGAAGGACGAGAAAGAUAGGCAGUCCUGCAGAGAACUCAGCGUACUAAGGAUAAAGAAAAGUGGGGGUUUUAUCACCUGGAAUAGUCUGGGACAGCCAAACGUCAACGGCAGGUUGGCCAUGACGCGCAGCAUUGGGGACUUCGACCUCAAGAACAUGGGGGUCAUUGCUGAGCCUGAGACCAAGAGAAUAUCGUUGCACCAUGUCCACGACUCGUUCCUGGCACUGACCACAGACGGCAUUAACUUCAUUAUGAAUAGCCAGGAGAUCUGCAAUGUCAUCAACCAGUGCCACGACCCCAAGGAGGCAGCUCAAAGAAUAUCUGACCAGGCUCUUCAGUAUGGCUCAGAGGACAACAGCACAAUUAUUGUGGUGCCCUUUGGUGCUUGGGGAAAGCAUGAGAGUUCGGACACAAGUUUCUCCUUCAGCAGAAGUUUUGUGUCCAGUGGUCGCUGGGCGUAGUCAGCAGGAUGUUGGAUGAAAAGCUGUGGUCUGUGGACCCAAUUAAUGUGUGCAAUACAAUCGAAUAAUGGUGCCCUUGUGGAAACAUUAUAAGGAGCGUGGUCUGCCCAAACAGUAAUACCUAAGGGUUACAACAUGUUUAGAGUAACAUGAUAUUUAUUAGCCUCUAUGAAGUAAGAGGCAGUGAAUUCAUAAUGUGCACAAAAUGACAAACAUCCUCUUUAUACAAGGUUUUAUCUCCUAGCAAGCCAAUGACCUUAAAGGUGCUAAAAGCUGAAAAGUGUUUAAAUGACUUGAAAUGGCAGGAAUUCAUGACAUGCAAGCUGUCACUCAGCAAAUGUAUAGCCUGCUCUACAUUGGCUGAGGUUUAAAGACUAGUAUUCCUGACUGUCUGCCACUCAGAUAAUUGUUUUUUUUUUUUUUUAGUUUUUCAUAAUAAGUUGGCACUUUUUUAUUUUCAGGGUUAACUUGGAUAAGUUUUCAAAAAGAAAAUAGUGCAUCUGGAUUUUACCAGUUGUUUAAUUUUGGACAAUUUCUCAAUGUUAACAGUAGGACUACAUGCCUAGAAGAGAGUGGUAAAACACAAUAAUUGAACUGCAUUAAUUUGUCAGUUGACUGGAAUUAAUUGAACCCUUGUAUGGGAAUACAAAAUCUACUUAAACGUACAUAGAACGUCACGACUUCUGAAGCAACUGGAAUAUAAGUAUCAUGGCCAAAGUAAGUCAGUGAGUAGGUCUUAAUGACUGUAUGUAUGUCAGUUUCAACUUGUGACAGAAAUAUAAACUGUCUGCUUUUUAAAAAAAAUGUUUGUCCUGACUUCCCCAUAAACAAUGUUUAACACUUUUUCUUUGUACUUAUAAUACUUACUAAAGCACCAUUGAAAAGCAUUGAUUGCACAAUCUUGAUGGUUUGUGAGAAAUGAACAAAACCCUGAAUGUUCUGUGAGCUAGUGUGAAUGGAGAUGCUUAAUGCUGUAAACGGCAUUUCAGUGGCUGAAUCUGACAUUUCUAAAAAAAAAAAAAAAAAACAUUCAUGUUUUGUGCAAUUUCAAACAUUGAUCAUGCUUGUAUAAGUGUUAAUAUCUGUACUGAUUUGAAAGGUCUUGUUAGGGCACUCAGAACUGACCAUGUAUAUAAAUGUACAGUAUAUGUUUUGUAAGUAAUUUUAUUUAUGUACAUCUGGAAAACUGAUAGUUCUGUUACAUAUACUGAAUAACUUGUCUAAAGAGAAUCUCUCAUCAGAAUAUAUCACACAUGCAGGAUCUUUGCCUAGGUGCUUGUAUUGUGACAAGGAUAAAUUCAGUGAUUCCUCAUUUACACCACUUAAUGUAUGUGUCGGUCAGAAAUAGGAAAGCACACUUAAUGCAACACUAAAGAAUUGUUCAGCUAAGAGCCAUGUAUGACAAUGUGAAUGUUUGCUUAAAUGCCCUCCAUGACUAAAGAAUACAAUCAAACCCUGUAUAAGAAUAAAAAAGCUGUAUAAGUUGUCUUGAUUGACCUAAUGUGAGUGGAUUCAUUUCCAGUGUAAGGCAGACUUAAACUGUUAAAUCGACUUUACAGGUUUUUGUUCACUGUUGAUCUUUUAUUUUGUGGUUGUUAAAGCUAGACAAAUGCAGCACUUCAUAUUUAUCAGUAUUGUCCUAUCUGUGAAACUUGCAAAAUGUGCAGCCAGUCAUAGCUUUUUCCUCAAACACCAUUUUUAAAUGCUUUGUAAAUACUGUUUUUUUCCCCCCUCUCAUUAACAUAUUGAAUGAAACCUUGUUUUAUUAGAAGGACUUUGUAUAAUUAACACGUCCUCCUUACAAGCCUCCUCAUCUGUUAUCUAUCACACUGUUCAGUGUUUAAUUUACUGUAUUUUGUUUCACUGCCUUUCAAAUAUAUUCAUUGUAGCGGUGGACCUGUACUGUUGGGGACCCAAAUGUGACUGUUUCGAUAACACUCUGUUAGUAUUGUGUUUUUGGUCUGAAUGGCUUGUGGCACAAUUAAAAACUAAACAUUAAAAAUGA